GUGAUGAUGGCGGUGCGUGAACGCGCAGUAAAAGUAAUGGCUGCUCUUGAUCGGCGGGUGCCUAGCCUCGAUGAUUUCGUGGGUCAAAGCUGGACUGCCUGGGCCGAGUGGGCCGGUGUGGCAGCGGCGGAUGGGCCUGAUGGAGAUGACUGCAGCAAGAAUGGCAAAAAGGUUGCAGAGGCCAUGUCACUCAGUAAAGAGGACAUGUCCAUCUUCGGGCUCUACCCCGGCCAUGACGAUUUCUACCUGGUGGUGUGCAGCCACUGUGGCCAAGUCGUGAAGCCACAGGCAUUUGAGAAGCACUGUGAGCGGAGACACGGCCCCCUGGCCAAGCUGUACGCCCGACUGCGCUCUCCCACCCCUGCACCCCAACCCCAGCAGAGACCCCACCACAGCCACUCUCCUUCUCAUGGGACCAACACUGCUGCCUCUGCUUCAUCCUGGGAGAGUCGCAGCCAGAGCGUCGGGCAGCUACGGGCAACUCCACCUUCGCCCUCCACACCUCCUCAAUACAGACACUCCAAGAACUCCAAGGAUGGAGUACGACAUUCCCCACUGGAGAAAUCCUCCCACAGCAGCCACACAGAGUCAUCAGUAUUUAAGCAGCCGCCACCUCUGGAGCCUCCGAUGAGUUCUCCGCCUCCUUCACUCAGAGAUCCACCCUGGCCGCAUGGAGGAACCCCGCCGGGUAGACCAACGCCCAGUGACAGACCUCCAACACAGAGCCAGAGGAAGGACUCACCUCUGCUCUCUGCUGUCCCAGGCCACCGGAUCCCCAGAACGUACAACAAAGUGGCCUCCAAGAGGGAGUGCGACUUGGACAAACACUGCGGCGUCCUUGACCCGGACAGGAAGAAGGUCUGCACUCGCCUCCUGACAUGCAAUAUCCACUCCAUCCACCAGCGCAGGAAGGUGUUGGGCCGCAGCAAGAACUUCGACCAGCUCGUUGCAGAACUCAAGACCAAGGUUCGUGAGAAAGGGGCCCAAUCCCUGGAGGGAGGCUCCUCCACUGGACGGUCCCCCAGCCCAGAGGCCCCCAGGGAGCAAGCUGGGGCUCCCCACUGCAGGAGACCCCUGGCCAGCCUCCCUGCUUUCAGUCGGUCCACGACUGCUUCAGAGAGCACCCCAGAGGAGGAAAAGCCACGGCAGGAUGAGGGGAGUCUCAGAGCUCCCUCACCUCUUGUCCACGGACGAAUCUCAAGUGACGAAAGUGAUGCAGAAGGAACUGAGGAACAUGUCGAGUUCUCCUCUUCUGCUACACAUCCUAGACCACUGGCGAUGUGCUCAUUCGGCAGCCAUGCGUUGGGUCACGGCAUCUACACCUUUGACAGGAGACUUCAUCACCUGAGGUCGGCUCUUAGCAGCAUGUUGGAGCAGCACAUCAGCGCCCAUCUUUGGAAGAAAAUACCUCAAGCCACAGACCUUCAAUCUCCACCACCUGCAGCCAAGACCAUCACCUCCUCGUCUCCCUCCUCCUCUUCAUUACAUUCUAAGAUACGAACAGGAAGUCACAUUAGCUCCUCUCUUAAAACAUCCUCCUCUUCCUCCUCCUCCAGUCGUGGUCCAGGGAGACCUUCCACAGCCGCACCGUCAGAGAACUCGGGAAGUGGAGCCUGCAGCAUCACUGGUGGUCACAUGGUGUCUCCCAGUAAACCUGUUGCAGGGCGUCUGGUGGGUUCAGGGAAACUAAAGAACCCCGUGGGACGUCCUAGCAAACAGAUGCUGAAGCUUCGAGAGGAGGCGGCUGCUGCUGCUGCGCUCCGCAAACGCAAAGCCCCGUCCCAGGAGGGUGAGCACUCAGGCCCCGACAGGAACUGCAUACUCCUCCAGGACCGGGGUCGGCCUCCUUCAACUGCUUCCUCUUCGUCCUCAUCCUCCUCUUCUAAACCCUCCAUUUCUUCUCCGCUCCCUCAUGGACAGACCAAUGGCACUCUUUCCCCAAGCAGCAAACCCCGCCCCCAGCCGUCCCCGUCGGAAUCCCACUCACCAGCCGCCAAAGCGGUCUGGACUUACAGACGAACACACGCUCCUCUGGGCCGUUCAUCUCCCCCAGACUCGUCCUCUGCCACCAACAACUCCCACAGCCGGGCCGGUGUGGGGGACUCAGGACUGCACGGGCAGAGCAGUGGGAGGAGCUUUGAGCACCAGGGGCUGGUGAAGAAACGCAAGGGGGGCAGCAUGGAGGAGCACUCGCCCUCCUCCAAACCCUCAGCGCACCGCCUGCCCUCUUCCUCCUCCUCCUCCUCCAGCUCUGCCACCCCCUCCACCCCACGCUCCAACUUUUACCCCUGGAAGGACAGUAAAGGUGGAGGGCUGGCCGGGGGCGUGGAGAAGAAACUGGGCACACAGAAGCCAAAACUGCACCAUUAAGUGUGCCUGCCUUACAAGCCACUAUGAGGGAGCCAGCUCUGCUCGGUCCAAGACUGAGGCAACAGGACUCAAAUGUGCGUUUGUGCGUGUGUGUUUUGUCUACUGAGCAAACGCUCCAGUAUGAGUGUGUCAGGCUGUGUGUAUGUGCAGAGUUAGUGCAGUAUGGAUGUGUCGCUGUGUGACUGUGUCGUCUGGAUGAAUGUCUGAGGGAGAACAGGGAGUGGGAGGAUGGGCUGAAAUUCAGAGUAUGGAUUUAGAUAUACCUCAAGACCAUCCGAUUAUGCUGCUAAAUUAAAUCUGUUGGUUUAUAAAAAUGGAUUAAAAUGUCCUUUACACUUGG